CCUAUAGCUCCUAUGUAUGUUAAUAAUAGUAAUGGUAAUAGCAAUGGGGAUAAAUCAAAUAAUCAAGAAGGAGAUUCAUCAUCUAAAACUACUAAAAUUUCAUUGGAUAAAAUAUAUGGUGUUAGUCUUGGAGGUUGGUUAGUGGCUGAACCUUGGAUUACUCCAAGCUUAUUUGAUAAUAUUUAUAAACAAUAUGGUAUUCAACCAGUAGAUGAACAUACUUUGGCUACUAUAUUAGGAAAAGAAAUGACUCAACAAUAUAUGGAAAAUCAUUGGAAAACUUUUUAUACUGAACAAGAUUUUAUUGAAAUUAAAUCUUUGGGUUUAAACCUUGUAAGAAUUCCAAUAGGUUAUUGGGCUUUUGGUUUAUUACCUGGUGAUCCUUAUGUUCAAGGUCAAGAAAAAUAUCUAAUUAAUGCUCUUAAUUGGUGUGAGAAAUAUGGUUUACAAGUUCUUCUAGAUAUUCAUGGUAUGCCCGGUUCUCAAAAUGGUUUUGAUAAUUCAGGGUUAAGGACUAAUAAUCCCGCUUGGUUAAAAGUUCCAGAAAAUUUACAAUUAAGUUAUCAAAUACUUGAUUAUAUAUUUAAAACUUAUGGUGGUCCACAAUAUAGCUCAGUUAUAAAUAGUAUUGAAGUAGUUAAUGAACCUUUUGCUCCUAUAAUUGAUCCAGCAAAAGUAGCUGAUUUUUAUACUCAAACUUAUAAUAAAGCUGCUUCAAGUAAUGUUAUUCCUGAUAUCAUAUAUCAUGAUGGAUUUAUGGGUUUUGGUUAUUGGAAUUGGUUUAUGUCUAAUUCUCCUAAAGGUUCAGUUAUUAUUGAUCAUCAUUUAUAUGAAAUCUUUUCACCUAAUCAAAUAUCAAUGAAUAUUGAUGAACAUUUAUCUAAUGUUAUGACUCAAGGAAAUCAAAUGGCUCAAGAAUUACAUCCACGAAUUGUUGGAGAAUUUUCUGGCGCACUUACUGAUUGUACAAGAUAUAUUAAUGGAGUAGGUAAUGGUGCUAGAUAUAAUGGAACAUUUCAAACUAAUUUUGUUACUGGUAGUUGUGCUAAUCAUACUGAUUUUAAUAAAUGGUCACCUGAAUUAAUUGAAAAUACAAAGAAAUUCCUUGUAGCACAAUUUUAUACUUAUGAAACUCAUAGUAAUGGAUGGAUAUUUUGGUGCUUUAAAACUGAAGAUGCUAUUGAAUGGGAUUUUAAGAGAUUAGCUUCUCUUAAUAUGUUACCUCAGCCAUUAUUUCGGCCUCGGCCGCAAAAUCAACAAUAUGACUUAAAUAUCAAUAAUAGUGAUAUUUCAACCAAUUAUCAGAUUAAUUUUGCUAAGAAAACUGUUGAAGAAGAUGUAUUAACACUCUUUAAUGAUUCUAUGUUCUUUCAAGGGAUUUAUGUAAUAUUUAUAUCAGCACUUUUAUUUCUAAUAAAUUUACUUUAA